AUUUGUUCAUAUUAUCAUGGUAACCCACACACUUGGUGGCAACUUCCUUACUUUUGGGCCGGAAUCAAAAUGUACGAUUUGAUUUCUGGCGGCCAGAUCCUGAAAGCCAGUUAUUAUUUGAGCAAACCUCAGGUGUUGGAGCGUUUUCCCUUGCUCAAACAGGACAAACUGGUUGGCGGCCUCGUGUACUAUGAUGGACAACAUGAGGAUGCCCGGAUGUGUUUGAGCGUGGCCUUGACUGCAGUCCGCUACGGUGCAUGCAUUUCCAACUACGUGGAAGCGCUAGAGAUUCUCAAGGGUUCUCCGUCAACCGACAAAGCGAUUGUGAAAUUUGUGAUUCGAGCACGGUGCGUGAUCAAUGCAACGGGCCCCUAUACGGACCAUGUGAGACAGAUGGAUGAUCAGAAACAGGCGCCGAUCUGUCAGCCCAGUUCCGGCGUGCACAUUAUUCUCCCGGGCUACUACACUCCGUCCCAAAUGGGUUUGUUGGAUCCGUCCACCCGUGAUGGCCGUGUAAUCUUCUUCUUGCCCUGGAUGAAUUUCGCCCUGGCCGGGACCACAGACAAUCCGUGCAAACUGUCAGAUAGUCCCUCACCAACGGAAGGAGAAGUGAAUUUCAUUCUGGACGAGAUCCGUGACUACCUGUCCCCGGAUAUCCAAGUUCGACGAGGUGAUGUCCUGGCCGCGUGGGCUGGUAUUCGACCGUUGGUUCGCGAUCCGAACUCCGCGGAUACACAGUCGAUCGCGCGUAAUCACGUGAUUGAGGUCUCCUCGAAUCGGCUAAUCACCAUCGCUGGUGGUAAAUGGACCACUUAUCGUAGCAUGGCCGAGGAGACUGUGGAUAAAGCUAUUGAGGUCUGUGGUCUGCAACCCAAAAGUCCUUGUCGCACCAAAGGUCUUCUGUUGGAAGGUGCUCAUCUCUGGUCACCGAAUUUGUUCAUCAAACUGGUGCAAGAACACGGGAUGGAAGUGGAUGUGGCCCGACAUCUGACCGGGCUGUAUGGAGACAAAGCAAUCAAUAUUGCGAAUAUGGCCAGUCUAACCGGGAUGCGUUGGCCUAUACUGGGCAAGAAACUGCAUCCGGAAUUCCCGUUCAUUGAGGCCGAGGUAAAAAAACGUUCCACGAUUUGCCUGUGGGCGGGAUACUGUCAGGUUGCUAGGCCAAAGCAAGUGAAUUUUCUUGAGGAAUACAAAACCGAAGAACUUCGGUAG